UUAACCUAUUCACGCCUGUGGAGGCGUCGUCUCAAGUGGUAGCCAUUUUUGUUUGUGGAUUUCUAUAACGUCAAUAAGAUACGUAAAAAGGAACUUGUCCAGCACGAGCGUUUUAUUCAUUUUGCCCUAUAAACUUACCGACACUGUGUAUACCUCAGAGACCUGGUGAUUUAUUCGUGUGGUUGGUUGCUAAAGACAAUGCGUGGACGUCUGGUACAAUGGGGCAGAACAAAGUACUCAUACUGGUCUCAUAGGCGCUGGGAGUUUUCAAAGAAUCAAUGCUAUUGAUACAGCCUGUUUAUAUGGAAAUGACGAUUGUGUUCAGCAAUCCCUUGCACAAUACAGAAGUUGGAUGGAAACCGGAAAUAAUACUAUCAGAGACGAGGUUCGGUCAACUGUUUAUUGUACAUCUAUAAAACACGGGGAUGUUGAAGAAUGGGAAUUUGCAUACAACAAGGCUAUUGAGAGAUUUGCGCCAGUAACUGAGGCCAACAGGCUUCGGUCAGCAAUGGGAUGCACGGAGAAAGCGUGGUUAUUAGAACGAUAUUUGGAAGAUGAUAACUUUGCAAUAUCUGGCACUUUAUCGGACAUCAGGGAUAAAUCUUCUACCGGCUAUUCAGUUGCUUGGGAAUUUACUAUGGAAAACUUUGACAAACUUGGAUUGUCGUACAACACAGUAUGGGACUUUCAGACUAUUAUGAAUACUGACUAUGACCUCAAACAGUUAACGGCUUUCAGUGUAAAUCAUCAUGAUAUGGCCGAAGAUGAUGCAAGAGACUACUAUGAGGCUGUAGAAACAGUUGAAAAAAACAUUGUUUGGAUGAACAGAAAUAAACAAAGUAUUAAAGAAUGGCUAUUGGAAGUGACAAGUACCAUGAAACAUAGUGUACCUACGGACGGUGAACGUCACGUGCCAAAGCCUGAUUCAUCUGGAUUGUAUAUACAGUAUGAUGGUUUGAUACAAGAUGGUCAUAUAAAUGGGAAAAGAGUGCCUCUAACAUCUGAGGCAAUGCUGCAAUUAGUUCAUGAACACUAAUAUAUCUAGUUGUUCUGUAAUGUUAAGAUACAAGAUACAUUUAAAAUACAAGUAUGUAAUAUUCAAUUUUGCUGCAAUCUGCAAAUGAUAGCUUCUUGGCCACAAGCCUGAAUAAAUAGCAACUGACCAGCAAAGUGUCUGUUCACCAUAUAGGAUGCAUUUUAUUCAAAUGAUUUCCAAGAUAAUUAUUAUCACAAAUAGUUCUGAAAUUAUUAUUGUGCAUCUUCCAAAUAACUACUGAGGUGUUCUGUCAACCCAGAUAUCUGGCAAUUGUUUUUAAACACAUGUUUGAGUAAAGUGCUUCAAUGGAACCUGCAGUUGGGCAGAGAUGUCAAUUUCAUAAACUAAUCAUAUGGCAUGUCACAAACAUGCAUAACAAGUGAUCUGAAACGAUGCCUCUUGUAUUUAAUUUUCAAUGUACAUAUGAAAUAUUGCUAAUUCACAAAGUCCAUGCCAAUCAAAAUAAGCAAUUGCAUUACAUAGCCAAUGUGAGUUGACAAGGUUAAGAAAUAUAUAAUGUUUUAACAUGAACAGUCAGAUAAUGUCAGAGACACAACUCCAGAAAUGCGUUCACUGAAACAAAAUGGCCACCAGUCAGCCAUUCGAUCUGAGAAACAAUAUGAUGUACAUUAAGGUUCCAUAAAGUUCCAUGUUUGAACAAAAUCUGUUAUGCACGAGAGAGAUCCAUACCUGGAGUCUCAGAAAUGGUUGAUUUUGAUGAAUUUUUAAUAUUCUGGCAUCCAGAAUUUUGAAUUGAAAUGUCAAAUGAGUACAUGUACCACAUGAUGCAUAUCUAAAAUUAGCAAAUGUCAUGUCUAAGAUACAUCUUUGGUACCAAAUUUGUUAAAACAAAAUGACCA